UUGGAAAACAGUAAGGACUAGAGGUCAGAACGUGGCAGUAGUCGAGUAGUGGUUUGUUCAGCUGAACGUGAAUUUAGUAAACAAAAACUAAAUAGGUGGAUAGAUACCUGAACGAUGUCUAUCAAAUCAGUUUUUGAACUGUGAUUGGUAUCAGGUGUGGCGCAGUGAUUUUCGGUGACUAUUUCAAGCUCUUUUACCCAAAUCUAAACUAGGACGAGUAAUUUCUCAGAAGUACCUUGGAUUGUGCAUUACAAGAAUACACAAUGGUGGCGUCAAAAGAACUCUACUUUGUGGCUCCCCGUAAGUUGAAGGGCCCCCAUCACCAUGACGUUACCCAUCCAGCCACUCUGUGGCGAUAAUACAUCAUUGCCAUUACGUGGAGGUGUAACCGGAAGACGAAGAGUGUGUUUGAGUGCAGCCUGGGCUGAUCCACCAACACGAAGAGAAAGACGUCGAGCAAUUUGCUCAUGGUCGGUCGGAUACGGUACACUCACGGAACAAGAGGAGUCGCCAGUGAAACAAGACUUGCUUACAAAAAAAGGAAAAGUGGCUGACAACGCCACAUUGCUGGAACCGCGGGGCCGCCGUCUAGUCACCUCGAUCGCCACCACCCAUGCAUCUCCUCCGGCGUCUCGCCGGUCCCGCAGCAAAGUGGAUCUUUUGGCGAUGCCCGGCAUAAAAACGCUAGUAAAUCGUCGACGAAACAGCGGUUCGGAAACGCAGACACCCCUAGUGAAACAAAAUGGAAGCUCCGGCAACCUCAUCAAGCCGGCCGCCAGUUUGGCCAGUUUGCGGAAAUACGAGACUGUAUUGGCGCUCACUGGAGUGCUCCGGUCGUCGUCUUCGUCGAGCAGUGUCGAGCCCUUGCAGCCUGUCAACAGACUCAGAGUACCUCCGCAAGAGUCCGCCUCUCGGUUUUGUUCGCGCUGCUCGAGCAUACUCACCUUAGCGUCGACGUCGCGAUAUUCGCUGAAUUCGUCCACGGGGGGCUUUGUUCCCAUACACAAAGAAACGCUACUACUUUGCAAACUCUGUCUUGCGGAAGUGCCUUCGAAGGAUGCGUGCUGUAUUGCGGACUGCAAGUGCUCCUUUUGUGCAGAGUGCAUGCGAGUUUAUGUCGAAUUCGAGAUAGCACAAGGAGCUUACGACAUUUCAUGCCCCGACGCCCAGUGUCCAUCCAAAGGGGUUUUAAACGAAGAAGAGAUCAAAAGACUGGCUGGAGAAGAUUUAUUUGAAAAACACAACAAGUACAGAUUAAAUAGAGAAAUAGAAUUAGAUAAGAAUCGCACAUGGUGCCCCCGGGCCGGUUGCGAGACCGUCUGCAACCUCUGCCCCACUCAACAAUGUCAUCCUCAAAGCGUCCACUGCCCCAGUUGCACAACCGACUUCUGCAGCAACUGCAAAUUGGAGUGGCACGAAGGCCUGACCUGCGAGGAUAACAGCAAAAAGUUGGCGAAGGAAGGGAAAGUUGAAGAGCCGGGAAUAUCUUUCAAUUCAGAUCUCAUUAAAUGCUGCCCCAUGUGUAAUGUUCCUAUUGAAAAAGACGAAGGCUGUGCGCAAAUGAUGUGUAAACGGUGCAAACACGUCUUUUGCUGGUACUGUCUCGCCAGUCUCGAUGACGAUUUUUUGCUCCGGCACUACGACAAGGGACCGUGUAAAAACAAGCUGGGUCAUUCUCGGGCUUCAGUGAUCUGGCACCGGACUCAAGUUAUUGGGAUUUUCGCCGGCUUCGGAAUUUUGCUUCUUGUCGCAUCGCCUUUGCUUCUGUUAGCCGCACCGUGCAUUGUUUGCUGCAAGUGCCGAGUGUGUAAUGCAGGGACCACUAAAUUAGACAACGAAGAAGAGGCGCCCGUUGAAGAAUCUUGAUGUGUUUUACAGUGAACUAGCUUAGUCUUUGGGAAACGGCAAAGAAAAAUACAAGCGUUGUUUUUCUGUGGAGUUUCCUUGCUGAAGUUUUCUCUAGUCUAACUUUCGUUGCAUAAUGGCCUUUGUCCAAACAUCACUGAGUUGUUUUAUAGGUUGAAGUUUAAACAUGGACGGAAUCUGUGAUAGAACUGUGAUUAUGAAUAACCGUCUGUGUCUUGGACUUAGUUACAUAAUUUAUUUAAUUUGUUUUAUUUGCUGAACAAUGAAUAUACUACGUUUUAAAUUAGCUGUUGAUUAGAAUGCUGUGAUAUUUAAGGGAAAAACGUAUUAGACGAAAGCAGACUUCAAUAGGAUAAGCAAUUUUAAUUUAUAUUCUCGGCAAGUUCAAUCGUUUAUUUGCAGUAUUCUAGUACACAGCGUAUGGAGAGUGAUUUAGGGCCUUAAAAAGUACUGUACACUUUUAUUGUUUGACUGUGCAGUCUCCUGAGUUUUUGUUAAUUUCUUAGUCACGGCUUGAACCUACACAGUUACUUUUUAAUGGAGGACAAAUUGUGAAUAAGAUGAUAAUAUAAGAUACUUAUUUAAAUAAUUAGUUAUUCAUAAAAUAUUAUAUUAGUGUUGAUCCUUGUCAUUUUACAAAUGACUUUGAGUUUUUUAUUACCUGAAAUUGUUUGAUUUUUUUUAUGUUUUCCAGUAAUCGAAUAAUAAACACUUAAACGAUUUAUUAUUAUUAUACCUACAUGUACAUACUGUUAAAACGUCAUAGAUUUAAUUAGGUACCAUGUACUUACUAUAUUAAUAAAAGAAAAUAUACGUUAUUGGUACUACA